AUGCUCUCUGCAGUUCUGAUCCUCGUGGGCGUUGCCCUCACAAUACUCUACAUUCGCACCAAACCCCGCAAGAAUCUCCCUCCUGGUCCCAAACCCCUCCCCAUCCUUGGCAACGUUAAAGACAUGCCAGAUGGGACCAUCCCAGAAUACCAGCACUGGAUCAAGUUCAAGGACCUCUACGGCUCAAUCAGCCAUGUCUCAGUUCUCGGUCAAUCGCUUAUCAUACUCCACGACCGUCAGGCUGCAAAUGCUAUCUUAGAAAAAACCUCAACCAAGACAUCUGGACGGCCACAGUUUGUCUUUGGCAACGAAAUGUGCGGGUACAAUCAGAUACUUCCCUUCAAGCCAUACGGGAAACUGUUGAAACAGCAUCGGAAGUUGGUCCAUCAGCAACUGGGCACCAAAACAGCGGCAUCGCGAUUUCGGGAUGUUCUAGACGUGGAAUCACGCCGACUUCUGCUGCGCAUCUUGGAAACCCCCGAGAAGCUGUUUGAACAUAUCCAGACCGAAGCAAGCGCUAUAAUUUUAAAGAUGACAUACGGCUACAGCCUCGAGCCGCGUAAACCAGAUCCACUAGCGCUCUUGAUAGAGCAGAUGAUGCAUAACUUCUCACUCGCAUUCGUCCCUAUGAGCUGGCCGGUAGAUGUCCUCCCUAUCCUUCGCUACCUGCCGGAAUCACUUCCAGGAAUGUCCUUUAAGCGCAUAGCACGAGAAUGGAACGCCAAUAUGCGCAUGGUAGUUGACGUGCCCUACACCUUUGUCAAAAGACAAAUCGCAAAGCAGUCUAAUCGACCAUCAUAUGUCUCCUCGCUUAUCAAGCAACAUGAUGACGAUAUGGAUGAAGAGACUGAUGCGGCUAUUAAGCAAACUGCCGCGGUCAUGUACGCCGGAGGCUCUGAUACAACUGUUUCGGCCAUUUGUGGAUUUGUACUGGCCAUGUUGCUGUUUCCUGAAGUUCAGAGGAAGGCACAGAAAGAGAUUGAUUCAGUUGUUGGGACUGAGAGACUUCCGCAGUUUGAAGAUCGUGAUAAUCUUCCUUAUGUUGACGCCUUGACCAAGGAAUCACUUCGAUGGAUUCCGGUAGCCCCGAUGGGAGCCGUUCAUACAGCUGAUGAGGAUAUUCACUACAAAGACUUUGUCAUCCCCAAGGGAGCGUCUUUGCUGCCAGCGACAUGGUGGUUCCUCCACGAUCCGGAGAUCUAUUCAGACCCAACUUCCUUUGAUCCGGAUAGAUACUUGGAACCACGAAAUGAACCGCAUCCCAACUUCGCCUCAUUUGGGUUCGGUCGCAGAGUCUGCCCUGGGAGAUUCCUCGCCGAUGAGAGUCUUUUCAUCAGUAUUUCACGUCUGCUCGCUGCUUUUGAGAUAAAGAAGGCUGUCGAUGGGCGGGGCAAUGAGAUUGAACCUCAGAUAAGUGUCACGCCAGGCUUGAUUUCUCAUAUUCGUGACUUUCCGUAUGACAUCGAGCCGAGGAGCGAGAAGUAUGCGGCUAUGAUGAGACAGGUUGAGGAUGAUCAUCCAUGGGAGCAAGCUGAUGCUACGUUUCUGAACAUGGAUGGGUCUCUGGAGUCGGAAAAGGUUUGA